AUGGCGCUGCUGCAUCAUCGGUGGUACGACGCGGACCUCACCGCCGUGGCGGAGGGGGGCAGCGGCCUCCGCGAGACGCGCAUGUCGUGGUCCCACACGGACCCGGCAGGGGAGGAGACGGUGGCGGUUCUGCUGCUUGCCGCACCCGCGACCCUCCAGGAGCCGGCCGAUGGCGAUGGCGGCGUCUAUGCGCUGAAGGUGAUCCUCUUCGCCGCCGCGGAAGCCGGCAGCCAAGGCGUUGCGGGCGAGGAGGCGCCAAGGCAGGAGGUGCACAACGCGGUCUUUGAGCUGCACGCGCCGUUGGAUGUCUCCGUCGUGAAGGGGACAAGUGGACUUGUCUUCGCCUCAACGCGGCAAUUCUUCUUUCAUGCCACUGCCGGGGGAAAGUCACUGGACCGCUUUGUCUUCCUUCCCGCCGAGAAGACGUGGGAGCGGCAGCGUCACGCGCUGCAACCGUUAGAUGCGGUGGAACCCGUGCGUCGAGUUCUCGCCGAAGCGAACGGCGACAGUCAACCACAACUCCUGCUGGUGGCCAGAAGUGGUGCCCCACCCGCGCCAGCAUCACUCGCCGAGGGCGAUAGGGUCGAGAUGCUGGUGGUGGCGUCAAGGCGGGCGGGUGCUGCGGGGAGCUCACAAGGACGGCAACGCACGAUGGUGACUGCAAAAAGAAAGGCAUCCGCCUCGGACCCGCCGGCGACGCCAUUGUACACCUUUGUGCUGGCGGUGGUGCGUUGCACCGUGCAAGUCACGCGGGUGGCGGUGGCAAACUGGGAGUUGUUGCACUUGUGUGUGGACCGUGGUGUGCCCUUUCAGCAACACCAACAGCAGCGCCUUGGCGGGCUGCAGACGUGGACCAACGGCGACAGUGAAAUUCAUCCGGGAAGGUGCACUUGGUGCUAUAUAUCUUCUCCCAACGUCGAGGCCGCAGAAGUAGGAGGAGAAGGAGAAGGAGGACAGGCAAACAAGAAGGCCACGGAAACGAGCAGGGCAGGUGGCGUUGUUGUUGCCCUUGUGCCACAGCCCUCCAGCGUGGUUACGGUGGUUUGCGGUGGAUUUGAUGCGAAGUGUCACGCGUAUCGUCUUGGUUUUGUGGCCACUCCAGCCACCGGAGGCAGCAGCGUGCCACAGCAUUCCGUGGAGGACACGGAUAGUCCCGAGGAGACGCUCUGGAGUCUUUCAGAGGAUACGCACACGGUGCAAAUGAUGCUUGUGGGGGCACCAACGACUUCACUGCGUGGGUCAGAGGCGACGGACGCGAGGAGAACGACGCCACGUCGCCGCGGCCAACACGUCUGUGGCAGUGACAGCGCUUACGGCACCGGCUGUGCCAGCAGUGGUGAGGGAUGGAUGCGACAGGCGGGCUUGUCCAAGGUGCUUCGCUUCGUCGUGGACUUCCUUGACGACGGGAUGGGCGGGGUCUCUGCCGAUCCUGCGGUUGGCAGCCGAGGCGGUCAGGGCUUGUAUUUUGCCUCGGUGGCGCCGUGGUCGGCGAGCCGGCAAGGCCGCUUCCCCAUCCCACGCAGUGUCUGCUGGGUGGACACUGCCCCGCUGCCCAUUGGAAAGGCGCUUACCUGCAUGCUGCUGUUUCCCGCCAGCGAUGGCGCGGAAAAAGGCGACGGCGACGUGACAGCCAUGGAUGCCGCCGUAGACGACGAGGAUGCCGCCUCGUGGUGCCACACGCUGCCCACCUCAGUUGCCUCAGCGCUCCCCGUGGCCGCAACGCAUGGGACGCUUCGGUGCUUCCUCGGCGUCAACGUGCUGCUGAAGAAGACGCGUCUGACGUACGUACUCGAAGUAGACGCAGCGGCCCAGGCGUCCAAUCGUCGGAAGGGAAUUCGGCCCACGGAGUGGUUGUACACGCGGCCACGGGCUAGGAAAAGCCUUCUUCAUGAAAACACUGAGGAGGAGGAGGAGAGACAGGCGGCCUGUCUUGCGCGUUAUGCCGCCAUGCAAAACACACGCCCGUCAGCGGUAGAUGGGCUCCGCACAACGGUGUUGCAGGACUCCUUGCUAGACAGAACGACUCCAGAGGCUGUGGUGCACGCGGCCUGGCGAAGCGUGGGCGUGGGAGGCUGCGCAGCUGCGAACAUGGCCGCCCUUGAGAGGGUUGCACAGGGCACAGGGGAGAAUCCCACGCAGGAGGUGCGUGCAUUGGCCAACAGGCUUCUUCAGUUCCUCCUGACCUUUCUCGUGGAACUGGACUGGAUGACGCACACCGACAACGACCUCCUUCGCGGGGUGACGUUGCUCCUGCUUGGGGCCGUCGACACGAAAAAGGCAUCUCCUGACCGUCGCGAAUCGUCACUGCGCGAUGGGGCCUCGCUUGUUUCUCGCCUCGCCGCAAACGAGCGACGCAGCAUGCAUUGGCUCCUAAGCCACAGUGAGCGGUGGUCGCCACUGGCAGCGGCGCUCUUCGCUUGGGUGAAUCAGGGCCUCAUCCCCGAUGCGAGUGAAGCAGAAAUUCUCCUCGAGGAUGUUGUUCAGGCGUGGGAGGAGACGGCUGCUUGCCCGCCCGGCGGAGGCUGUGCGCUGGAGGACAUCUUGAAGCGUCUGCGUGCGUCUCAGGAUGCGCUCAAGUACCACAAUGCCCUGCUGCUUUUGUUGCGCGGUAAUCUCUCUCUGCAUGAGACUGCCUCGUUUGCGGUAUGGAACGACGUCGCCGUGCGAGAUCCCUCGAUUCUUUUCCUGCAGCUCCUCUUGGAAGCGGCUGUGGCCUGUGAGGAUGCCGCCACCGACGCCGCCGCUUCCAUCUCGAGUCUGGAGAUAAGUCGAAUCACGAUGUCUGUCGUGCAGGCGCGGCUUCAGUCCGCCGGCACGCUUGCGGCGCUUUUGCAGCUCAUGCAUGCGUGGAACUUCAGCUUCCUUGCCGAUUGGCCGCUUGCCGCGAUGUCAGGUGGCUUGCCGGUGGCGCAUCUUAUUCGCCACCUCACCACCGCCGACAGCAGUGAGGCGGAGCGUGCGGCACACCGCCCCGUCGCCCAGGCGGCGCAGGUACUGCUUUGGUUGUGUGGGGAUUGUGUGGAACGGGCGGCGGAGGUGCUGGAGGCGUUGCGUGCUGCGAAGGUCCCGCUCUUGGCGCUCUGCGUAGCGGGGUCCGACAGACGAGGUCGCUUUGGGGUGCCUGAGACCGCACCCAGCAGCAGCAGCAGCAGCAGCAGCGGCGGCGGAGGAGGAAACACCAGUCGGGCGCUGCACCACGUUUUGGCGUCCUCCACAGCCGCUGUUCUGGCAGGCGCCCUCGCCGAGCCCGGCGGCCGUGGGCCCACCGACGACACCACCAGUGAGGCGUUUGUCCUCCAGUUGUGGAUGCGGGUGCUGGAAGGCGACGAGGCGGCGGCCUUCAAUCCCGGUCUUCUGCAGCGGCUUCAUGAGGCACUGGUUGUCGGCGGCCGUGGCGCAACGCGUCCGAAGCACGUCUGCGGCGCCGCACUGUUGCUGGACUUUCUUCGGCCUGUCUUUCUCUCAACCCUUCCGCGCCUCCUCGCCGCGGUGGGAGAACAACACGAGACGGUGGGGAGCGCACUCGCCGCCGGUGCGGCUUCGCUGACGGCGGCCGGCGUUGCCGCCUUGGGGCCGCCGCUGGGCGAGACGGAAACCAUUGAACACGUCUGGCUGGCGACGCUGCAGGAGCUGGGGCGACUGCUGCAGCUGCACGUCGAAGACAGCCUUGAGGUUCGAUGUCUUGCGCUGCUUUUCAAGGCCUUUGAGGCGUCGUCCGCCACGCUGCUGGCGGAGUCCCGCAGCGGGAGUGAGGCAUCGUCAACCACGGGCCUCUGCUUUACCUUUUCCCCGGCGGAAAUGUACUUUUUGGCCUUGCAGAUACUCUCCAAUGAACCGGCAGGCUUUGUGAUUAACGUGGAGGUCAUGCGGCGACGCCUUGCCCCGUAUCUUCUGCAUGAGAUGGAGCUGGCGACACGGCGCGCCGACGAGGUUGUCGAGACCUCCAACACAAAGGCGCUCUGGUGGGACAGCAAGGCGUACAUAAACACUGUGGCGGAUGGCCUUGCCCUGGUUAUCGCCGCCUUUGAAGCCACGGCGCCGCUCUACUCCCACGCGAUGCUGCUUCUCUUCCUUGACGAAUCCCUGGCCGUGAUGGCGGACGUCGAACGGCGACCCAGCGGGGGGCGCGAGAGGCCGCUUUCCGCGGAAGUGCGGAGUGAGAUGCUGCAGUGCACCCGCCGCGUGGCGCUCUCCCGCUGGGCAAAGCUGCACCGGCAGGAGAAGAAACUCAUCGCCCGUGUGCUCUCGCGUCGCCUCGCCAUUCCUGGCCAGGAGCAGGCUGAGGGGGAUGUGUACCAGGAGAGCGAUGUGCACCACAGUGUCGCGAAGGAUGCGGCCCACAUGAAAAAGACCUUACAGCAGAGACCCGUCAACGCGGCCUUGUUGAGGGCCAUCAGAAGGAAGUUCUCCCGGGACUCGUCAGGGGCACGGAGCACAAGUCACACUGAGAGCCAUGAUGAUGCGGGGAUAGGAACAGUGACGUCUUUGACGGAUGUAACACUUCUUCUUAAGGAAGAGACUUAUGUACGGCAGUGUCUGCAGCGACAGUUGAUGCGCUCGCACAACGCCUUCGUUGGCAGUGAGGCUUUUCGUGGUGCACUGGGGACGCUUUAUCUGGCGCUACGGGAGGAGCAGCGUCGGCGUGUGUUUGUUGCUUUUGUGCGUGAACAGCAUGACAUCAUUCUGAGCUUUGCGUGUGCUGCGCUCGUGGUGAUGUAUGAGGCACGUCGACGGGGGGCGCAUGUGUUGCAGCAGAACGCGCUGGAGCAUCUGCAGCGUCAGCUCCGCUAUUUUUUCCUGCAGGAGCGUGAGUCGCGGGCUGCGGUGGAGGCGGUUUGCCUUGUCGAGCGCCAGCUACUCCUUGAACUCGCAAGCCAGCAACGCGCCAUGGCUGACGCCGAGCGCGGCCUGCGCCUGCGCCUUGUGGAGGAGGAAGAGGUGCACCGCGACGCCUGCUACGAGCUCUUUGCGAGGGAGGAGCUGGCGGCGCAGCGGCGCUGCGAGGCGCGGCUGGAGGAGGAGGCGUGGCGCGAGGAGGAGGCGCAGUGGGCGCAGGAGCAGCAGCGGCGUCAGGCAGACGAGGACGGCGGCGACGCGGAGAGGCGGAGCCCGCCAAACGCCUACUUGCAGUGGCAGCAGCGCCGCCUCGCGGCGGCGGCAACAGCGGCGAAGACGUCGACGUCGCUGCCACUGCAGCCGCCGCCGCCGCCCGCAGAAGUCUCACACGCGUCGUCCCUCACCGCGUCGGUGCCGCCCGCAAAUGCACUGGCGCCGCUUCUCCAAAUGGACAGCGCCCCGGCGAUGUCUGCAGAAGACGGCGGCUACCACGCACUGGUGGACGCCUCCGAAUCGCUCUUCAGCGCCUUCUCACGGCUGCAGAAGCAAAUUAUCUCCACCGUGGCCCCACCACCCGCCACAGGCGUCAAGAAGGAUGCCCCCGCCCUAGCCCCAGCCGAUGUGCCGUCAGCCGCUCUGCAAAUGCCUGCGUCCGUCACAGCGAGCGAGGAGAGGUGGGAGGACGCAGUGGAGGAUGCCGCGCCGCCCUCAACCCAAGCCGGCAACGAGGCUCAGACGGCAAAAAUGGACCACGGCGCCUUGGAUGCGCCCCCGAACACCCAUGAGGACAGCAUCAAGCGCCUUCGGCUGCGAGCAUUGGCAACGACGGGUAAACGCCGCGCCCCACGGCAACGGCGUCUUGGCGAGGUGUUCUGCCUAGAAGGCAAGCCAGCCGCGGAAAAGGCGGAGGUGGGGGAUGCACGCGGUGCAGCGAAGCUGCAUGAAGAGGAGCAGCAGGCGCGGAAGGAGGCGUCGCCGUCGGUGGAGGAGGCCAAGCCGGCGCCUGCGCCUGCCGCGCCAGGCAUGUUAAAGAACGAGGAGGAAGAAGAGGCAGUCGCGCUGGCCCUGUGCCCCGAGCCGUCAUUGGCCCUACAGUCGGAGGAGGGGACAGCGCGCUACGCGCUCUGCCGGGAAGAGCGAGUGGUGCGUGCCUUUUUAUUUCGCUAUUUUACCCUGACGACGUAG